AUGACGCCCUCCCCGCAGCCGCCGCCUGCCCUCACCGCGCUGCGCAAGCUGCACCUCGCCGUCGGCUUCGCCAAGGCGCGCACUUUUUUCCUCUGGCUCGUCUUCGCCGGCGGCAUGCUCGGGUUCUGCCUCGCGCGGCUCAUGUAUCUCGACUUUGCCGGCGUCUUCUGCUCCUCUGCCCAGCAGCAGCACGGCGCGAACCAUGCCGCGCCGGGCGAGUGCUACUGGUACACCGCCGUCGACGUGUACCGCGUCGGCAUCCGGAUGCACCUCGGCGCCGUGGUGCCCGCCGGCGCGCUGGCCUGCGUGCAGUUCACGCCCGUGGUGCGCCGCCGGAUGGCGCGUGUGCACCGCGUCAACGGCUACGCGACGCUGCUGCUGAGUCUUGUCGGCGUGGCGGGCGCCGUCAUGGUCGCGCCGGUGGCGUUUGGCGGGCAUCCGUCGACGCGCGGCCUCGUCGGCGUCUUGGGCGUCCUGUUUGUCGGCGCUCUUGCCUUGGCGUACUAUUAUAUCCGGAAGAAGCGGAUUGACCAACACCGGGCGUGGAUGCUGCGGGCUUGGUUUUAUGCUGGGUCUAUUGUCACGGCCAGGUUCAUCAUGAUGGCCGCGGCCGCAAUCGUCUCGUCGGGCAAUGGACAGGGCGGCUUUUACGAGGCGAAGCUCUGUCGGCAGCUCGCGAGCUAUCUCAACAGCACACGGCUUUUGCAGGAAUACCCCGACUGCGCGUCGCUCGACGCCUGGGUCCUUGUCAAGGCGGAUCUUCAUAUUCAAGGACCUGAGCACAUCAGCGCUGCGCUGGACGUCACCUUUGGAAUGUCCGUCUGGAUGGCGGCUGCCAUUCAUGCCAUUGGGGUAGAGUUUUAUCUUCAGCUUACGCCCGGCGAGACUCGGCGCCUCCGAGAGGUAUCCCGCCAGCGACAGGUCGAGGUUGGCCUUGAAGCGGCGUCCAAGGCAAUCGUUUCGGAUCAUGGCAGAGAUGGUGUUUGA